AACAGUUAGCUACUAGGGUGACCAGACGUCCCCAUUUUCCGGGGACAGUCCCCGUUUUUGGUGGCCUGGCCCCGGCUGGAGCUGUCCCCGGAAAUGCCCCCUUUUUUAACUGUGCGUUAAAAUAAUACUGCAAAGUGAAAUAAUAUUUUAAGAAAGACCGGGCAACAGAGCCUACCAGUUGACGUCUCAAUCGCGUUGUGCUUGUUUUGUCCAGCAGAGGGGGCUGCUCGCUAUAGCAGCUUCAUUCACUCUCCUUCUACUAACUACCUGCUCGCGAUAGUUUUAGAGAAAACUGCUGUGAAAACUCGGCCAGAAGCUAGCAAGUGUCAAGUGAAUCCACAACAUAACCACAAACGUCUUUUUAAGCCAGAUUGGAGAAGAAGGAGAAGGAGAAAUUAAGGGAGUAAAAAGAGUGAAGCGAGGAGAGUGUGGAAGAGUGAGGUGGAAAGGUAAAGAGAAGAAAAGGAAGAAAGAGCAGGAAGAUGAGUGAAGAAAAGAGGAGGAGAAAGAUUGGAGGAGAAGAAAAAGUUUGGCUGGCCUUUGUCCAUGGAAACCUGACCGUAUUCAGUGACACGAUCAAGAUGCUUGAAGGCCAGGACUGCUGUGCUGUGGAGUCAGCUGCAAUUCUGAGAAAUGUUGAGGCAAAAUUGACUGCAACUUCAUUCCAGUUUUGGUCAAAGGACUUCUGAGAGAGCUAGAGGAAAAUGGAGCCAUGUCUAAAGAGAGCUUUCUCAAAACAACCCAAUCAUUCUUCACUAUGGCUGUGAACUACUUGCAAGCAUGGGGAAAGCACACAGAUAAUCUAAAAGAUUUCACAUUGUCUCCUUUUAAAAAGGAAACCUCAGCGUGUAGAGAUCCAGAAGGCAGCAGGCACACUGCAGGAAAAAUGCUUCAAUGUGACCAUCAAUGAGGAUGUUGUGUGACGAGGUUACUGGCCUGCAAGAGUUCCUAAAGGGGGGAUCGCUUGAAGAAUGGAUAACAUCUGAGACACCGCUUAGUCAGAGAUGGAGCACGGUGGUUACCCACUUCAAAGAGAACGACAUCCCACACACUAACCUGGCUAGAUUAGCGUCUGUUGUCAUGUGUUUACCUGGAAGUAAUGCACCAGUCGAGAGAGUGUUCUCCCAAAUGAAUGAUCUAUGGACAGCAGCAAGAAAUAGGUUCACUGUUCCUACCAUCAAGGCCAUGCUUAUUGUGAAGACAAACUUCAACCUCCCCUGCCAGGAGUUCAUGGAGAAGCUUGCCAAAGACAGAGCAAUCCUGAAGAAGAUACAUUCUUCUGAGAAAUAUACAGAUUAGGUUGGUAUAAGUAUAUUAUGUGGUUACCAAUCUCAUCGUCUUAUUUCUUAUGUUGUUAAUUAUUUCACAUAUACUAUUGUCUGUUUUUUCAAUUUUGCUCAUGUUCUCUUCUGCUCUUAUUCUACCCAGACUACAAGGACCACUGAAUGGCUGUUCAGAUCGGACAAUUCUGUCUUGUCUGUAGUGUUUCUGUAAUAUAGUUGUUUUCUCUAUCACAGUGUGCCUGUUAGACCAAAUACAUGAAACCGGAAAUGUCCCCUUUUUUAUUUCAUAGAUAUUAACAUUGGAUAUUUUAAUGAUAUAUUGACCGCCGAACUGGAAAUGUCCCCGGUUUUAGUUUCAGGAAUCUGGUCACCUUAUACUAACCUGCAUCCAAACAAAAUUCUUUCAAGGUUGCUUAGCGCAGAAGUAUAGGACAUCGCUGCCACCUAGUGUACAUCUACGUUAAAGUAACUAUCCAGUGUUUCCAGAUGUCUAUGAAGUAUGAUCUAUAAUUCAUUACAAUAUGAGAGAAAUGGUUUUCCUUCCAAUUUUUUAUUUGGUGUGGGUGUAUUUUUUAUUUUUUGAUCCCCUUUAGCCGACGCCAAUGGAAACAGCUAGACUUACUGCGGUCCGACACGACGAAAAAGACAUUACAGACAAAAGACUUUACAAUUGACACACAUUUAAAAACAUUAACAUGUAGUGUGUGUGCAUCUAUCAGUUAUACAUACAUGUCAGUACAUACACGCAACAAGCAGGUCACGUGGGGGGAGAGGCAUUGUGCCGUGAGGUGUUGCUUUAUUUUUUAAACCAGUUUUGCUGUUCACUUGCGCUAUAUAAGAUGGAAGGGAGUUCCAGGCACUCAUGGCUCUGUAUAAUACUGUACGUUACCUUGAAUUUGUUCUGGACCUGGGGACUGUGAAAGACCCCUGGUGGCAUGUCUGGUGGGGUAAGUGUGUGUGUCAGUGUUGUAUGUAAGUUGGCUCAGCAAACAAUUUGGAAUUUCCAACACAUGAACGUUUCUUAUAGAAACAUGAAGUGACGCAGUCAGUCUUUCUUCAACUCUUAGCCAAGAGAGUCUGGCAUGCAUUGUAUUAAUAUUAGCCCUCUGCUUACAAUGAAGAGCAAGACGUGCGGCUCGGUUCUGAGCCAACUGCAGCUUAACUGGGUCUUUCUUUGCAGCACUUGGCCAAAUGACUGAACAAUAAUCAGGAUAAGAUACAACUAGAGCUUGCAGAACAUGCUAUGUGGGUGUGGUGUCAAAAAAGCAGUGCAUCUCUUUAUUACAGACAGACCUCUCUCCCCAUCGAAUCUAUAUGCUUUGCGCAUGACAGUUUACGAUCUAAGGUAACACCAAGUAAUUUGGUCUUGUUUUUACGUUUAGCAGACGCUCUUAUCCAGAGCUGUAAGUCGCUCUGGAUAAGAGUGCAUACAUUUUCAUACCUUUUUUUUCUUUCAUACUGGUUCCCCAUGGGAAUUGAACUCACAACCCUAACUGAGCUACACAGGACUUGUCUCCUCAACUUGUUCAACAGCCACACCAUUCAUUACCAGGUUCAGCUGAGGUCUGAAAAGAAUUGAUAGUUUUAAAAAAUGAUGUGAGUAGACCGCUGGUUGGCCAGCUCACUUCAUCCUCAAUGAGGUAAUAGAUACAAGUUUGAGGUGGGGCUUUUGAAGUGUUUUUUCCCCCUCCAAUUUAUGCUUUGGCCACAAAUAUGAGUAUAGGAUGAGUCAACAACAUUAUUUGGGUACGAGUUAACAGAAUAUUAACUUUUAAAAGUGAGAUUUUCACUGGACAGUUACUUUAAUGCAGGAUUAAGUAUGGAUGGAACAGUGGCACACAGUUCACCUGUGACCUACACUCAUUAAACAAAUGAUCAUAUGUUGAUAACAGAUCUGUAGGUGAAUGUCAAAGGGUGACAAACCGGCCACUUUUCGAAAGCUACGAAUAUUAGACUAUAUUUAGAGGGAUCUUAUGGUUUACUUAACAUAGAAGGGUAUGAGAGGUGGAAGUGAUAGUUGAAAGUGACCUAAAUAAUUCUGCCAUGCCUCUUUGAAUAAUACUAAGGGUCAGGGCAGGCUAUCAUUAUCACUAAGCCUAUCAUCAAUUAUUAUUAUCAUCAUGAACAACAUAAUCAUCAUUACCUCGAUCAAGCCUUAAACUGAUCCUAGCAGCCCACACGGCCAUGGCCCCGGUAAGAGGCCCGGGGUAAUUUGGAGCUCUGCGGGGAGGGGCACUUCACUUCCCGUAAUUCGAAUGGAUACCGACCGUCAACAUCAUCAGACUCGAGCGAGGGGAGCAGAUCCGACUUGAAUUUAACCGAUUGACGCCAUAACAGAGGUAACCAUGGCGACGAGGGGUCAUUCCUCUUGCUCCUCGAUGAGUAACCACACCAAGGAGAGAGUGACCAUGGCUAAGGUGACCCUGGAGAACUUCUACAGUAACCUGAUAUCCCAGCAUGAGGAGAGAGAGAUGAGGCAACAGAAGCUGGAGAGGGUGAUGGAUGAGGAGGGACUGCCUGAUGAGGAGAAGUGUAUGCGGCGCUCCCAGCACGCACGUAAGGAGACAGAGUUCCUGAGGCUGAAGAGAACCAGGCUGGGAUUGGAAGACUUUGAGUCCCUCAAGGUGAUUGGUCGAGGAGCCUUUGGAGAGGUGCGUCUGGUCCAGAAAAAGGACACAGGUCAUGUCUAUGCCAUGAAGAUCCUGCGCAAGGCUGACAUGCUGGAGAAGGAACAGGUGGGCCAUAUCCGGGCUGAAAGGGACAUCCUGGUGCAGGCAGACAGUCUGUGGGUGGUCAAGAUGUUCUACAGCUUCCAGGACAAGAUGAACCUCUACCUACUCAUGGAGUUCUUACCUGGAGGUGACAUGAUGACAUUGCUGAUGAAGAAGGAUACUCUGUCAGAGGAGGAGACUCAGUUCUAUGUGGCUGAGACGGUCCUGGCCAUAGACUCGAUACACCAGAUGGGCUUCAUACACAGAGACAUCAAACCUGACAAUGUACUGCUGGACUCCAAGGGCCAUGUGAAGCUAUCAGACUUCGGCUUGUGUACAGGGUUGAAGAAGGCCCAUCGGACAGAGUUCUACAGGAACCUCAACCAUAGCGUUUCCAACGACUUCACAUCUCAGUACAUGAACUCCAAGAGGAAAGCAGAGACCUGGAAGAGGAACAGACGACAGCUGGCUUUCUCCACUGUGGGAACUCCAGACUACAUCGCCCCGGAAGUGUUCAUGCAGACCGGAUACAACAAGCUCUGUGAUUGGUGGAGCCUGGGGGUCAUCAUGUACGAGAUGCUGAUUGGCUACCCCCCGUUCUGUUCGGAGACGCCCCAGGAGACAUAUAAGAAGGUGAUGAACUGGAAGGAGACUCUGGUGUUCCCUCCGGAAGUCCCCAUCUCAGAGAGGGCCAAGGAACUCAUCCUCAGGUUCUGCUGUGAGGGAGAUCAUCGGAUCGGGGCGACAGGGGUGGAGGAGAUCAAGAGAAACCCAUUCUUUGAGGGAGUCGAUUACGACCACAUCAGGGAGAGACCUGCAGCGAUCCCCGUGGAGAUCAAAAGCAUAGACGACACAUCAAACUUCGACGAGUUCCCUGAGUCGGACAUCCUCUCACCCACAGCUGCAGCAGCACCCACCAAGUCUCCAGCAGCAGCAGCAGCAGCUGAGGCUGACUAUAAAAAUAAGGACUGGGUCUUCAUCAACUACACCUACAAGCGAUUCGAGGGCCUGACAGCCAGGGGAGCCAUCCCUUCCUACAUGAAGGGAAGCAAGAGAUGAACUCUGACCCUAUAAUCUGUGCUGCAAUGACCCCCUGAUUCCCAUAUCCCCCGCAGCACCCAGAUACCUUCACACAACGGUUCAGUUUCAUAAUACAAAUAUGUUUUUUUUUUUUACAAAAUUCAACUGUUAAGCUGUUCUAUUUCCUGCAGGCAUUCUGAACCAGGAUUCUGAGAAAUCUGGUUGAACCAACUCUAACCAGUUCCUUAUACCCUGUGGAUACAUGGUUGUAACCACAGUUUGGCCUUCUGUGACUUAGGGCCCAGUAACCGGGUUUCCCGGAUGUGAAAACCACCAUUCUUCUUUCACUGUCAAUGCAUGUUUGGAUGAAUUAUCUCAGUAAAAUUUUUACAGUGUGUAACAAUAACUCAUCUCAAAUAUGCUUUCUCGCUGUGUAGGAAGAAUGUCAAGUUUAUCUUCGAUACCAGGAUAGCAGUUUUGAUUGAAUAGGGCCCAAUUUCUCAGAGCUGAAGCCCGGCUCUUACUUUCCCACCAGCACUGAACUCUGAUGUACAGCCUUAUAGCUGUCCCCUUGUGUCCCUCCAGAACCUUCUCCCCACUCUUCUCCUCAACCUGUCAUACGGUUAAUAGGGAAACGUCUCUACUGUUCUCUAGGAAGCUGGCAGGUUCACAGCAGUCUGUCUCACUACCCCUGUGACGUCAUUAGAUUACCGCUUGCCUCGGAGAGAGGAGUUCUAACAAUGCUAUUUUUAGCAUUCUAUUUCUGUGAUUCCUGUGAUGUCAUCAGUCCGAGUGAGUGAGAAUGUUCAACAAAGGACGGAAAAUUCCAUGGUAGUCUAGCUACUCCUCAGUAAGGGGUUUAUUGAGGAAGCACUUCUCCAUCACUGCCUUUGUUGGUUGUCUCAACUGUUAUUUCUUUAAUCAUUUUGUAAUGUAUCAUUUUCAUAAUACAGACGUUUUCAGAAAGGUUCAUUCGAAUGCUUUGUUGGAUUGAAAUAGUACUAGUCUUCAGGGAUAUAACUAAUGCUGGUUGUGUGUGUAUGUUGAGCUGUCUGAAUGACACUACCUUGAGACAUCAUGUCCAUUUUAUAUGCCUUACCCAAAGAACUGCCAAGAGCUGUACAUUAGUUUGAAAUUGGAAUCCCCCUUUUUUUGUUUCAUGUUAAAUUGUUUGUAUGCAGGAUGGAAGGCUCUAGACUUUUUGCUCACCCGACAGGGCUUGAUUUUUUUUUUACAGCUGCUCUUUCUAAAGCUGGUAUUUAAUGAAAGGCUUCUCAUGUUACGGUUUUUUCCCCAUAUAGUAUUUUUAACUCAAAAAGGAACCACUGUUUUAUGCACAAUGCUGGGGAUUUAUGAAUUUCACGUACAUUUAAAACUUCAGCAAAUAUGAAAUAUAGAGCUUGAACUUUCACAUAUAUCUGUGUUAAAGCACUUUCAGCACUGUUAGUGUGUGUAUGUACGUAUUAUGUAAAAAAAGGAAAACAAACUUGGCCUCACUUUACACCUUACAUGAGUAACUACAGGAUAGCUUUUACUAGAUGAACUACUGCAGUCAGGUAGUAGUAGGCCUAACACUAACCAUUUGUUCUCACUCUUUUAUUUUUCAAGAGACUAAAAUGGUAGGUGCUAUAGAACUACUUGUACUUAUUCCCACAUAGUAACCCAGUAGUAAUACCUGUGUAAAGUGAUGCAAUAUUUUUUCCCCAGAUAGACGACUGAAUGAUGUUGACGGUUAGUUCUCCACUCGUUCUGAUUUUCACUCGAGUGCUUUAAGGUCUUUGUACCCGCUGGAGAAGUAAACUCUGAGCAGCUGCUUAGCAUGAUAGACUCUUACUAGUGUAAUGCUGUUUGAAAAGGUGCACAUGCCAAAUAGGCGGUACAAUAAUUCCCAUUACGUCUGCUUAUGUUUUUUAAAAUAGCCUAUAUUUUGUAUCAAUGCUCACACCAAGCUGUUCCUUUUGAGCAAGGAAAAAUAUUGAUAUGCAAAUGAGUACAUGUAUAAACCGCAGUCAUUUCUCUGCUGGGUGACACAUAUACUAUGUAUAGAUCUGUGUGUGUAUGUGUGUGUAUCUUAUUGAAUCCUUCUGUAUGAGGUUUGAAUGUUUUCAGCUCAACUAUAUUUCUCAGCAAAGGAGAACACAUGUUCACUAUGAGAAAAAAAGCUUUAAAUGCUGAGAAAUAAUUUAAUCUUUCAAUAAAACAUUUGUACAAUU